GUUUCUAACAUUUCAAGAAAACCAUAGUUAAUAUUAAGUCGAGCAGACUUAACUAGUUCCUACUAGCCUUUGAAAUUAAUCAACUACAACUAGGUGUUUAAAAUUUCUUCAUUCUUCAGAAUUUAAUUCUCGAUUUUAAAUGAAGAACCCUCAUCCUUGAUACAAUGCUCACAUUUAUUCUUAAAACGAUUUGCCUCACCUUAAAACGAUAUCCAAAUAACUCACCAUCUGAACACUCUGCUUUUGUCAAACAUCUCUUUUUGGACCAAUUCGCUCCGAUUUCGUUUUGUUUUCCGCUCAUAUAAGAAGGUAAGAAAUGUUUGGAAUACCUUCGUAGACCACAAAUCAAUGUAAUUGAAACCUUCAUGAAAGUACGCUUUGGUUCCAAUUGAUUAAGCGUUGUUCAAUAAUUUUAUAGUUCAUAGGUGAUAUAUACUCUAAGGUUUGUGGUAUUUCGUUUCUCUGCGAAAAGGCUUAUAUAUCAUUUCAUAAAGGUCGUUCAAAAUUGCUAAUGUGUAAACACAUCACAUGAAUUUCUCGCUGGAGUACAUUGACUGGGAAUUGGAACCUUAUGAUCCUUCCUAUGAUGAUUUGGUUGAUGAUUUGGACAAUGAUGAAGGCAAUCUUCCACUGUUCCCAGUCAUUCGAAUUUUUGGAAUUAACGAAAAUUCAGAAACAGUUUGCUGCUUUCUUCAUAAUGUAUUUCCUUAUCUCUAUGUUGAAUAUUCCGACUUUUCGAAUGAAAUUGAAGAGCAGGGAAGCAUAACGACUUUCCUUAAUAUUAUGCACCUUGCUAUUCAUCAUGCCCUUGCUUUAGCUGCUAGAGCCCAGCCAGAAAAAUAUAGACCUUCUGUUCAAAGUGUUCAACUCGUCAAGGGAAUCCCAUUUUACGGGUACAAUGUCGGUUAUCGACGGUUUUUAAAAAUCGCUCUCUACAGUCCCAAAAACAGGGAUAGAUUGGUGGAUCUUUUUCGUCAAGGAGCAAUCCUAAAUAAAGUUAUUCAAGUCUAUGAGUCUCAUCUUCCCUACCUUUUACAAUUUAUGGUUGACUAUAACCUGUAUGGUUGUGCUCCCAUUCAGUGCAAUGGUGAACAUUUACGAGCUUCGAAAGAACGAAAGUCAUACUGUGAGUUAGAGUUUCAUAUGACCCCUCAAGCAAUCCUUAAUUCUGAUUAUUUGGUAGAACGCAAUCUUCAUUCUUCUCUAGUUGAGCCAUCGUCCGCACACGAUUCUUUGCUUAUUACUAGUCUUUCCGAAAUCUGGAAAUCGGAAGCUAAAAGACGAAAUGUUAUUAGUACGGAUGAAACUGUUAGCUUCUCAGAAUUACAGCAGACUCAAUUGUCUUUAAAGGCUACCGCUGAUAAUAUCACUAGAUGUUCUCCACAUUGGAAAAACGAAGAUCAGUUAAAAAAGGAUUUCGCAAAAUCAUUAAAUGAGGCUAGUAGGAGGACUUUUCAAUUGGAACCAUUGAAUAUUUCUGACCCGUGGCCUGAAGUACCCACAGUUUUCGUUGCCCUGCAUUUCAUAAACCCUACUUAUUCCUCCCAAAGUCUAGCCUCGAUUUCUCAAUUAUCAAGUGAAGAUCGUCAAGUUUCUUCUAAUAUACAGGCUCCAUCCCAAGAGAAGAUGAAAACAAACAAUGUUGAAGUUGAGAAUUCCUUCGAGCAGUUGGAUUCCGAGUUGGAGCGUAUUAUGGGAGACUCCAUCUUUGAAUCAUUCCCAUUCGUACAGCCGAAUUCAGAUUUGGGAGUUGUUUCAAACUCUUCAUCUCCGCCAUUAUCCGAAUCCCCGUUAGACUCUCCCAAAUCAAGCCCUCCUUCAUUGAACGAAGCAUAUCGGGUUCUCAGCUCCCCUUUGAAUUCGCCAAAUUCGAAUUUACGCCUUAAAGGAGGUGGUAAUGUUAGAAAACGUCCAGUUGAGCUUAUAGCUUCAUCCGAUGAGUCAUCUUCUAGUUCACGUCCUCUUCCUUCUAGCAAUCCUGAAACUGGUCUCGUCCGCUUUCAAAAGUACAGAAAACCACCUAUCAAUUUUGAAGAGGUAACUAGGUGGACACAGCUACCAAAAGAAUAUUACUUACCCUAUAAGCCUCGCAGAGAAGAAUAUAUUUUUGCUAAAGAACCGCCAUCUCAUCAACAUUUAAUUGAUACGCUAGUGUCUGCUAAUUUACCAACAAUACUGUAUCCCUAUGUACACUACAGUCUGGCGAAGGAUAUUCCUUCUGGUUAUCAAGAGUAUUUAGGAAAUAUAUAUUAUCCGCGAGGCAUUACAGCAAAAUACCUUCAAGAUUUUCACUUCGAUGGUCAUGUUGAAGAGGGUAUAGUGAGUACAUCGCUUAAGCUACCGUCUGUUAAACCGUCUACGACAUGGGAAUAUGCUCUUCCUCCUCCAACCCUUUCUGAAUUGAAUAAUUGGUCUAAACAAAAACAAAUAAAAACCAAUAUUGAUAAAGCUCCAUCUGCUAGUCAGCGAAAGGUCUUUAGCAAAGAUCCCUAUGCUUCUAUACGUAUACUAUCUCUUGAAUUGUUUUGCAGCAGCAAAAAUGGACUACUUCCUGAUCCUUCCAAAGACCCCGUAGAAAGCUGUUUUUGGGCUUAUCAAGAAAAUGCCAACAUUCGUUCCAUUGAAAAAUAUGGAUUUAUUGUAAAUUCUCCCAAAGUAGAAAGCGCUGCUUUUGAAAAAUCUUUUCCAGGUGCUACAGUUUUAGUGGUUUUCUCUGAAAUUGAGUUACUGAAUGAAAUAAUUUCCCUGACGCGUCAAUUAGAUCCCACAAUAUUAUGCGGUUACGAAGUACAUAAUAGCUCGUGGGGGUAUCUUAUUGAAAGAGCGGCAUACAAGUUCAAUUAUGAUCUUCCGGAGCAGCUUUCACGGUUGGCUGAUACAACGAAGGGAGCCUUUGCGAAAAAGAAUGAUGCUUGGCAUUAUUCAACGACAUCAUCAAUUAAGAUUGUUGGGCGACACAUGUUAAAUAUUUGGCGGAUAAUGAGAGGAGAAAUUAACCUUUUGAACUAUUCACUAGAAAAUGUGGUCGCUCACUUAUUUGGUAUCCAAACACCUUUCUACAGACAAGGAGAUUUAGUACAACUCUGGAGUACACCUGUUUAUCAUGACAAACAUAUUCUGUUUCAGUACAUGUUGAAAAGAACAAAAUUUACUUUGGAAAUACUAUCCUCAAGAUCAAUCAUUACGAAAAUCCGGGAGCAGGCACGAGUCGUAGGUAUUGACUUUAUGUCUGUUAUAUCGAGAGGUUCACAGUUUAAAGUCGAAGCAAUCAUGUUUCGUAUUGCAAAAUCCGAGAACUAUGUGCUUGUUUCUCCAAGUGCUAAGCAAGUAGCUGAGCAAAAUGCGCUGGAAGCUUUACCAUUAGUUUUGGAACCCAAAUCCAAUAUGUAUCAUAAUCCUGUGUUGGUACUAGAUUUUCAAUCCUUGUAUCCUUCUAUCAUCAUAGCAUAUAAUUUGUGCUAUUCCACUUGUUUAGGACCGAUAAGAUCUGUUAACGGAAAAUUUAAACUUGGAUUUAUGUCUUAUUCUGUCGAUCCUCGUGUAUUAGACUUUGUUAGAGACAACAUAUAUAUUUCACCAAAUGGAUACGCAUAUGUAAACAAAGAUAUUAGAAAGUCUUUGAUAGCCAAAAUGCUUGAAGAACUUAUCGAAACCAGGGCUAUGAUAAAAAAGGGAAUGAAAGAAUGUGACUCUGCAUAUGUAUAUCAAAUUCUAGAUAGUCGGCAAUUGGCACUAAAGUUGAUUGCAAAUGUAACAUAUGGUUAUACGUCUGCUUCCUUCUCAGGUCGAAUGCCUUGCUCAGAAAUUGCUGACACGAUUGUCGAAACAGGAAGAGAACUUCUUGGAAACGCAAUUUCCUACAUCAACAACCAUGAAAGUUAUAACGCAAAAGUUGUUUACGGUGACACUGAUAGUUUGUUUGUCGAAUUACCGGGACAAACUAAAGAACAAGCAUUUGAGAUUGGCCACUUGCUUGCGUCAGAAAUUACCUCAAUGUAUCCUUCACCAAUUCGUCUAAAGUUCGAAAAGGUAUACUUACCUUGCUUUUUACUGGCAAAAAAAAGGUACGUUGGUUACAAGUAUGAAAAAGUGAGUGAGGCUGUUCCCUCUUUUGACGCUAAAGGGAUUGAGACAGUGCGACGAGAUGGCACACCCAUUCAACAGAAGAUCCUUCGUAGCUGCAUAGAAAAGUUAUUUCAGUCUAAAGAUUUAUCGCAAGUGAAAAAGGGGUUCCAAGAAGUCUGUUCCCAAAUUAUGUCCGGAGAAAUUCCAGCUAUGGAUUUCUGUUAUAACAAGGAAGUGCGCAUGGAUAAAUACAAAGAGCUAAGUACAGCCCCUCCGGGGGCUAGUAUGGCAAGACGUUUAAUGACUAAAGAUCCUAGAUCUGAGCCUCAAUAUGGUGAACGUGUUCCAUAUUUGGUCAUAGCGGGAGCACCAGGGACCACUUUGGCGAAUCGUUCUGUCUCUCCGGAGGAAUACCUUUUGGACAGUUUUUCACAACUAGAUAUUGAUUAUUAUAUACGGCACAAUCUAAUACCUCCGUUAGAUAGAUUCUUGAAUCUUUUGGGUGCCAGUGCUGAAUCUUGGUACAAUGAGAUGCCGAAGCGACUUCACAAGCUGAUACGAACAGGAUAUUUGGAUGACGGUUCCCAAGUUCAUAAAAAGACUUUAGAUAAAUUUUUGACAGAAAGGCUUUGUUCAUCCUGUCUUCGGAACAUGGUAAGCAACCAAAAUUCUUCCGAGAAUAAAUAUCUUUGUGAUGACUGUUUGAGAAAUAUACCAGCGGCUACGACUAGAGUUAUUCAACAGAGCAAGGAUGUUGCUGUUCGAUUAGCAAGAUUAGAAGAUAUAUGUCGCGGAUGCAGUUGUAUUUCAUCUUCUGAUCCUGUUUUAUGUCGGUCAAAGUCUUGCAAAAUAUAUUAUGACAGAGCAAAGACACAAAGCAAGGCAAAAGCUCAAGCAGAACUAUACGAAAAAACAUUCCUUUCCUUAGAUUGGUAAACUUACGACAGGUACAUUAAGUGUAUAUGAAAUAUGUUGAAUAGUUGAUUGAUUCUGUUUACUACCAAUAAGCUAAGCUAAAUAGUAAUCCAUUGAAAACAUAUCAGAAAACGUAAUCAUAAUACUUGUUAAUAGAUAUCUUUC